AUGGUCAGAGUUAAUGUGGGGGGUUCCCAGUUUCUCAUCGGUGCGUGUUUCCUCUCUCGAUACCCCGACUCAACCCUCUCCCUGGCGGUCAGCGAGAACAGAAACUACGAUGAGCUGACGUCGUGUUAUGUAUUCGACAGGAACCCAGAGUUUUUUAACUCGAUACUGGAUUGCUAUCGGCUUGGUCAAUACCAUAUUCCACAAAAUGGUUGUGCUAUGAGCCUGAAGGCGGACUUUCGAUAUUGGAAGCUUCCCUUGGAUGCCAUUUCUCCAUGUUGCAUCCGCAAAAUACUAGAAGCCGAAGAGGAGGCAGCUACUGUUACCAUCUUGAAGGCAGAGAUCGUUGGCCCACUGCAGCAGUGCAGGAAGGAGAUGGAGUCAUCCAAGGGAUGGCAAAAAAUCAAACUACAAACGUGGAUGUUUAUGGAAUACCCAAGAUACUCCGUGUUUGCCAAGAUUUGGAGCAUCAUGUACGCCGUUCUCGUCCUUAUCUCCUGCAUCAUUCUCGCCCUGCUCACAGACCAUAAGGGAGGCUUGUACAAUCCGGAGGAGCUCAGCGAAGUGAAUCGUCACAGAUGCCUGUACGAAGACUGGAGGAAAUACGUAGGCAGCCAGGCAAUUUAUUGCAAUUUCGUUGGAGUCGUCCCACUUCGGAUACUGGACAUAUUUGUGAACCUUAUCUUCACGGUCGAUUUUGUCGUGCGGCUCGUCGUGUCCCCCAGCAAAUGCAACUUCUUCAAGAAUUUCAUGAACUGGGUUGAUAUCCUGACCAUCGUUUCGUUCUACGUUGCUUGGAUUCUCAUGGUCAUAGGGAAUGCUGUUUUGAUUGAGGAAAUGGGGACCGCUCUUCUGGAAAUCGCUGGAGUUUGCUUCGCAAUCCAAACGCUCCGUCUGAUUAGGCUUCUGAAGAUUUCUCGUUGGGUGCUUGGACUGCGAGUAUUUGGGUUGAUUCUAAAGCGUAGCGUGCACUGCUUACUUACAAUCAUUUGGUUAUUGGUAAUGGGCGCAGUGUUCUUUGCAUUCGCUGCCUACAUAGUUGAUAUAAAUUCAUCAUCUAAAGGGGAUGGUCUUCCCCGAGUUUACGAAGGAUUGUACUUUGCCCUCAUUACAAUAACCACGGUCGGCUAUGGUGAUGUUCUGCCGACGACCAUCGGGACCAGAAUAGUAGCCACUGCCUGCGCCAUAUUUGGCAUUAUUCUGGCCGGUCUUUCCAUCCCAAUACUUGGUAGUAGCUUCAACCUCUACUUCGGUUAUAUCUCUCAGUAUAUGAAGGGUGAACAAAGCAUUACCAUAGAUUGGCUCGGUUAUGAUGUCCCAGAAGAGGAGUGCGAUCUAAGGCACUGCGAUGAGAUUGAUGAAGAGGAGGAAGAUUUCGGUACAAGCCAAUGA